GUUCGCCUUAGACAGUGUGUAGCUUUUAGGCUCGAUGGCGAGUACGGCGACGACGAUAAGCAAGACGAAAACAACGACGAAAACGGCCGACGGCAGCUGCCUCAAGAAGUGGCUCUUCCGCUUGACUGCUGUUGCCGUCCUCUACGUGACGUGUCAAUAUCUCGACACCAUCAAGCACCGAUGGUACGUCUUCGAGCCUGAGAGCCUACACCAGCUCGCGAAGGCAGCCAUUGCGGCCUCGCCAGAUCCAAACGAUACCUGGUUCAUGACGAACUACAUCGCGAAGAAUCUCACCGCGACAUACUCGCACACUCAGGCUGCGCUGAACACGAACACUUCAGAGUGGGUUUUCAGCAAUGCUGGCGGCGCGAUGGGCGCAAUGUAUGUCAUCCAUGCAAGCAUCACCGAGUACCUCAUUGUCUUUGGUACUCCGGUCGGCACCGAGGGACAUACAGGUAUGCACACUGCAGACGACUACUUCAAUAUCCUUGUCGGCGAGCAUUGGACGUUCUCGCCACCGAACCUUCAGAUGGAGAGAUAUCCUGCUGGGUCGGUCCAUUACCUGCCGAGGGGCCAGAUGAAGCAAUACAAGAUGCAUGAAGGGUGUUUCGCGCUGGAAUAUGCCAGAGGAUGGAUCCCUCCGAUGCUGCCGUUCGGCCUCGCGGACAUUCUGUUCUCGACGCUUGACUAUGUGUCGUUCUAUGACACAGCACGCAUUUCGGGCCGCGAGGUGCUCAAGAACCUUCUCGUUGGGAAAAUUGAGAUGCCAAUACUUAGUGCUCAUUUCUUGCUUUCUCGUGAUAAGACGUGAUUCAGUCUCGUUCGCACGAAUUUGUUCUCGCUUGCUGCUAGGCUGACUUUUCGCCAGCCGCCUUCAGAGUUCCUGCUUAUGAAAAGUAGACUUCAGCUGCCAAAAUG